CGGUGCCGCGGGCAGGGGAUGACAGGCGCUCCGCAGGCGCCCCGCGGCGCCCGCGAGAAGCCCCCGAGCGAGGACCCCUUGGCAUGGCGACCGCGGCGGGGGACGCGGAGCAGGAUAAGUUACAUCCAAGGAAUCUUAUCCCAGAGCUUUGUAGACUGUUUUAUGGUUUAGGCUGGGUGACGGGAACUGGUGGAGGAAUCAGCUUGAAACAUGGGAAUGAAAUCUACAUCGCUCCUUCAGGAGUCCAAAAGGAAAGAAUACAGCCAGAAGAUAUGUUUGUUUGUGACAUGAAUGAACAGGACAUCAGUGGUCCUCCACUGCACAAGAAGCUAAAGAAAAGCCAAUGCACACCUCUGUUUAUGAAUGCCUACACUAUGAGAGGGGCAGGUGCAGUGAUCCAUACUCAUUCCAAGGCUGCUGUUAUGGCUACCCUUCUUUACCCAGGGACUGAGUUCCGUAUUACCCAUCAGGAGAUGAUAAAAGGAAUCCAGAAAUGUACUUCAGGAGGCUAUUACAGAUAUGAUGAUACGCUAGUGGUUCCCAUUAUUGAAAAUACACCAGAAGAGAAGGAUCUCAAGGAAAGAAUGGCACAUGCAAUGGAAAAAUACCCAGACUCUUGUGCUGUAUUGGUCAGACGUCAUGGUGUUUAUGUAUGGGGAGGAACAUGGGAAAAAGCCAAAACAAUGUGUGAGUGUUAUGAUUACUUGUUUGAUAUCGCAGUGCAGAUGAAGCAGCAUGGGCUAGAUCCUUCAAAACAUCCAGCUGGAGAAAACGGGAUCUUGUAAAUGUCAACAACAUUUAUAUUCAGGUUUCUUACAUGGUGAUGGGAGUUCCAGAUUUCAACUCACACUUGAAGCCAGAAGGGGGUGCUGUUAUACUCAGGGGAUUGACAGAUGCCAGCAGGCAGUUUUAGACUGUUCAACACAUCCGAGAAGAAAAGGAGACUUCAAGACAACUGAAUUGCUAUUUGGGAAUCCUGUUGAGCGCUACAGUAGCAGGAAUGAAAACUGAGAUGCAAAAAAAAGAUUUUGAACGGCUAUGGAGAACUAACCUGACAUUUUGUCUGUGUGCCUUAAAAAUUGACAUUUCAACAACCUGCAUUGGCUGAUCCUGCUGUAAUUCUACAUCAUUUACGUUGUUGUAACUCUCUACUUCUGAAAGUUGUAGUAGCUUUUAUUCUUCAGGAAAAAAAGUGAGGACAACCCCUUAAUUAGAAGUUAAUAAAGUUUAAAGCAUUGUUUGAACUGUGA